AUAUAUAUCGAUAGCUUGUACAAUUUUAAUCGAUGUCAACAAAUAUCGGCAUUCGGCAUUGUUGUUAAAGGAAUAAAUCACUUUUACAAAAUCUAGGCAGCUGACAUGAAACAGACUUCUUCUGGUUGCAAAUAUUUCACUGGGCACAGGGUAUCUGCUAGUCGGUCAGCCUCAACUGAGCUGAGCUCUUACUCGUUAUUGUUCGAUUGAUAGGCGAAUUGAUUGACCGAAUCAAAUGGGCUGCUUUGACGGUUGUCUCUUGCUGCUGGCUGCUGGCGUUUAUCUUGUCGCUUGUCAACCGAUCUGUGGCCAAUUGUGGCUCCAAGCCGAGGGAAGCUGGCAAUUGAAGGUCAAGGAGGGGGGCGUGGGUUCGUUUCAGAGCUAAGCCGGCCAGUUUCCGCAUUGGCCGAGAACUGGCUUUGGCCUGAUCCGAUCAGAAUGGGCGCUAUAAAAGCCCAACGGGCACGGGCAGCUGUCAAUUAGUUACGUUUCAAGCGUCGCGCCAUUCACAGAAGCCAACAUGAAGUUCGCCGUUGUCGUAGUCUUGUUCGCUCUGGCCUGGGGUGUCCACGGUUCGGUGGUGCCGCUGCUGACCUCCGCUCAUGGCUCCGCCGUGGUGCUGGGCGCUCCGGCCGUGGCCGGCUCAGUGGCCGUGCACGCCUCCGCGGUGCCCGCCGCUGUGCCCAUUGCCAUUGCACCAGCCGGACCCAUUCUGGUGCAGUCGGCGGCCCAUUCGAUUGCCCAUGCUGCUCCAGUUGUGGUUGCAGCUCCGGCGCCCGCUGUCGUGGCCGUUGCCGCUGCGCCCGCCUCGUAUGUGGCCAAGACGCGCGGUGCCGUGCAUGUCGCCCCGCUGCCCGGACAUGUCCAGAGCGCCGCCUCCGUCAACCUGGAGCCCGCACCAGGCACUUGGUAGAGAUCACACUCUGGGAUUACAAUUGCAACAGACCUGCCUUUGACCUUGCCAUCGAUUCGUUUUUAGUUUCCAUUGUUUUUUUGUUUAUUUCCCGAAAAGCUAUCCCACACACAUCUUACUGCCAUCUAAGUCACGCUUCGCCUCUUUGGCCAGCUCCUCUCCUACUCUACUUAUUCUGGUCUACUCUAUGUACUUCUAUUCCUUACGAUCUGUUAACCAAAUGAUAUUCUCACAUGCACAUGAAAAAUUGUUUCCAA